UUUUGUCCGUCCACACUCGAACGUCAACAUUCCCGCGUCGGACCUCGUCCUGUGUGGUUCUCCCGGCUGGCAUCUUCACAGAGCAGAGCAUAGACCAGUGACAGAAAUUUUAGAAAAUGCAUGCAAGUAUCUGUAUAUACAGGCGGUUCUAAAAGGUUACCAGUAUUUGCAAGGCUGGAGUGCCGAGGAGCCUUAUUGCUACUGACUCUGUCCAGCAUGACUGAAGCGCAGGAGGAGGUACCCUUAAGAUACAUCCGACCUGCGGUUAACACACACAGGCGACUUCACGAAUCCUCCCGCGGGUGAGCGGGUGAUGGUUCUGCAAGGAUGCUGCGCUUUCCGGUGAAGAAAAUUCGGAAGCAAUUCAAACUCCUCCUGCUAUUGGUCCUGCUUACGCUUGCUGUCUGGUUCACGUAUCUGCAUAUCAACCAAGGCAAAGCGAUCAAGCUUCAUUUUAACUAUGGCAAAGACGGGGAGAAACAGGCUGAAGGGACGGACGCCAGCCGCAAGAGGGACCCGCGCUCCUCGGCCGGCCAGCGCAAGAACGAGGAUGCCGGAGACAGCCGCGAAGAAGAGCCCGCGGAGGAUGAGUCCAACACACUGGAAGAGGAGGGAAAAGACAUAGCAGAUAUGAAGAAGUUUCUCACCCAGAAGCUGACCAAGUUACCAUGGAAACCAGAGUAUAAAGGCCAGGCUAACCUACAUGUGUUUGAAGACUGGUGUGGCUCCUCUGUGACUCAGCUCAGGAAGAACCUCCACUUCCCCCUCUACCCCCACACGAGGACGACGGUGAAGAAACUGGCCGUGGCUCCCAAGUGGAAGAACUACGGCUUGCGGAUCUUCGGCUUCAUCCACCCCUACAGAGACGGGGACUUCCAGUUCGCCGUGGCCUCAGAUGACAACUCUGAGUUCUGGCUGAGCCCAGACGAGAACCCCCUGAAUGCCCGGCUGCUGGUCUUCGUAGGCCGGUUGGGAUCCGAGUGGACUGCACCUGGGGAAUUCACCAAGUUCAGGUCCCAGUCUUCCAAGUCGGUACACCUCAUGGCCUCCAGACGAUACUACUUUGAGAUUUUGCACAAACAAGAUGACAAGGGUUCAGACCACGUGGAGGCGGGGUGGCGUCCAUUUCUACCUGGCCUGAAAUAUGAGGUCAUCGACUCUGCCUAUAUCUCCCUGUACACAGACGAGUCCAGUCUGAAGAUGAACAGUGUGGAUCACAUCCCCCAAACAUUAGCCAGUUACAGUCACCCUGCUCUGGAGUCUGAAACACACAGCCAGCACGGAGCUGACAUGCUCAAACCAGACCCCAGAGAUACCUUCUACAGCACGCCCAUGAUGGAGGCGUCCCGCCUGGAGAACGUGCUGCCCGCCUGCCUGUAUUCCCCCACAUACGUGGUGAAGGACUUCCCCAUCGCCCGCUACCAGGGCCUGCAGUUUGUGUACCUCUCCUUUGUGUUUCCCAACGAUUUCACCAGACUGACCCACAUGGAGAAGGAGAACAAGUGUUUCUACAGAGAGUCACCCAUAUACCUGGAGAAGUUUGGCUUCUACAAAUACAUGAAGAUGGACGAGGAAGAGGACGACCGGCCGUUCUUCUUCCCCAACCCGGACGACUUCCUGGAGGAGGAGGAAGGGGUGGACCCAGAGGAUGAGUCGCUGGCAGUGGACACCCCUCCAGCCAGGAGAGCCAAUAGCAGCCAGGCGGGCCGCCCGACCACCAGACACACCCCCGGAAGGACCGCCUCCCCUGCCUCGCCCGAGCGUGAGGAAGAGGAGGGGGACAGCCGCGCCCACAGUCGCCGGCAGAAACGGCCGAGGGGGGGCAGCAGGAGAACUCGCCCCCCCAACCACCAUUUGGAGGAUCAGGAGCCGCCACAUUCGCACAAGGAGGAGGGGGGGCUGGGCGCGGGCAUGGUUCCGGGCCGCACCCUCUCCUGGAUCCGCACCGGCCCGGAUGAGCUGAGCCGAAACCCCCUGAAACUCAGCAAGUCCCCGCUCCUGUUCCCCCAGAAGAGCUCCUUCUCCGCCCUCAGCAGCAGGACCAAACAGCUCCUCAGCAACUCAGCCCACCCUGGCCCCGCCCCCGACAACCAACCGGCCAAUAGGGAGCGCAAGAAGGAGGACGAUAAGAUCUACAUCACCAGGCCUCGAUUGGCCAACGGCGGGCGCGGCUCCACCCCCCGGCUGCCCAGGGAGGUGUUCCCGGGCGUCUUCCUCUACCAGAACGGGAAGACCACCAAGCUGGUGAACCUGAGCACCAAGCCCCGCGCCCCGCCCCAGCUCUGGCCCCCCUUCAAGGACGGCAAGCCCCCUCUGCUGAGCGCCAACAUGACCCACCUGUCUGCGCUUCACAAGGCCUCCACCAGGGCGUCGCUGGCCCGGCGGCAGCAGAGGAGGGCGGACGACCCCUGGGUGCAGCGGCGUGGCUCCCCAGGGAGGGGCAGCUCUCCUGCCCCUGCGUCCCUCCGGGGGAAACCCCAUCCCACCACCACGGCCAGCCCGAGCCCCCGGCCGUCCCAGAACAGCCCCCGCGGAGAGGCGCGGGUGACCUCGUACCUACGCACUUCGGAGAUCACCGAGUCCCUGCAGCAGCGCGAGGCGGGGGCGGAGCCCGAGCAGGAGGCGGGGCCGGAGGCGGAGCAGGAGGUGGAGCUGGAGCGGGAGGAAGGGGGCCUGUCGGAGUACAGCUACGAGGAGGCGGACCCACGUCCGGGCUGGGCGGAGGAAGCCAUUAACUGGCAGCGCACGUUCAGCGUGAACAGCAUGGACUUCGAGCUGCUGCGCUCCGACUGGAAUGACCUGCGCUGCAACGUGUCGGGGAACCUGCAGCUGGCCGAGAGCGAGGUGGUGGACGUGCUCGCACAGUACAUGGAGAAGCUGAACGAGCGCAACGGAGGGAUCUACACCCUCCUGCGGAUCGUGAACGUGGAGAAGCGCAGGGACUCCGCCCGGGGGAACAGGUACCUGGUGGAGCUGGAGCUGAUGGAGAGGGGGAAGCGGGUGGUGCGUCUGUCCGAGUACAUCUACCUGCUGCUGCACCGCAGCCGUCUGGAGGACGGGCCCGAGGUGGGCGAGGGCGGCGUGGGCACCGCCUCCAGCCCCGCCCUGACCCCCGCCCUCAGCACCGCGGCCCCCGCCGGCUCCGCCCACCCCCGCGCCACCACGCCCUGGGGCACGGCCUACGCCCGCCCGCUGCUCUGCCAGCCCGUCAUGCUGCGCUGGAGGCACUCCGUCAUGGUGCACUUCGUGGUGCCGGUGAAGAACCAGGCGCGCUGGGUGCAGCAGUUCAUCUCGGACAUGGAGCACCUGCACCGGGAGACCGAAGACGAUAACUUCAGCAUUAUCAUCGUGGACUUCCAGAGCGAGGACAUGGAUGUGGAACAGGCCCUGAGGGAGAGCAAGGUGCCCCGGUAUGAGUACCUGAGGCGGGAGGGGAAUUUUGAACGCUCUGCGGGCCUUCAGCUUGGAGUCGACACUAUAGAGGACAGUCACAGCAUCGUGUUCCUGUGUGACCUGCACAUACACUUUCCAAAUAACAUCCUGGAGAGCAUCAGGAAGCACUGUGUGGAGGGGCGGCUGGCCUUUGCCCCCAUCGUUAUGAGACUGGGCUGUGGAAGCUCCCCCAGAGAGCCUGACGGUUACUGGGAAGUCAACGGCUUCGGUUUGUUUGGAAUUUACAAGUCGGAUUUUGAUAAAAUCGGGGGGAUGAACACCGAGGAGUUCAAGGACCGUUGGGGGGGUGAGGACUGGGAGCUUCUUGACAGGGUGCUCCAGAACGGCCUGGAGGUGGAGAGACUGAGGCUGAGGAACUUCUUCCACUACUAUCACUCCAAACGGGGCAUGUGGAACGCUGGGGUGAAGAAGACACCCAAAGGGUAGCCCUCUGAGGUGCCUGCCGGGCUUUCUCUCUCUCUCUCUUUCUGCCGUGUGAGUCAGGCAUCCUGGCCUUCCGGGGACCCCUGGGAGCCGUUUUUUGUUACAGGGAGGAGGAGGCAGGCUGUCCAAGUCCACCCGUGCCCUUGCAAUGCCUCUCUCAGCUGCACUGUGGCCCUUAUGAACACAAACACUAGGGAGGGACGUCUCUAAUAGGGAGGGGAACGACGAUUGUGGGGGAAGGCAAAGUUUUAUUUUGUUGUUGUUUUGUUUGUUUUUUUGUUAGUUUUUUUGUACAAAAACUGAAUGAUUGCUCUUUGUAUGUGUAUGACAAGAAAGGCUUGUUUUCUCUGAGGUGAUGACAACUUCUCUUACUGUAUAAAGUACAAGACAGUAAACUGUAGAGAAUUAAAUGCAAUGGAAUGCAUCAGGCUCUAGUUUGAGAAAGAUGCAGAUGUGCCAGACAUCAAGGGUCAUUUAUCAGGAAUAGCAAAGGUAUUAAUAAGCUAUAUCAUGUCUGUCACUGUAUAUGGGGGAAGAGAGAUGACGGGAAAACCUCCAUCUUAGCAUCUGAUGCUAACUGUUUUCUUUUAUUUCUCUCUCUGUGUCUCUCGCUCUCUCUCUCACUGUGAGAACUUGGCUGCAUCGGAAAGAUGUCGUAACUUGCAUUGGGACAUUUGGCCUUGUGUUCUGGACAGACACCAUGUUGCUAUUAACCAUUACUCCCGGGUUCGAAAGGGAAUGGAGAGAAAGAAAGCAGGGCACCUGGGCGGUUCUUGCUCUUUGGUCCUCUCCCUGGUCUCCACGCUGGUCACUGUGCGCAACAUGUGAAUCUAAUUCCCGCGCAGACACUGUUUUUUGGGGUCCACGUGGUACUGUCUUUGGAUACUGGGUGGUGUGGCUCCUGUGUCUCCAUAAGCCUCCUGAAGCCCCCACUCGCUCCCUCUCUCCCCCUAACGGGUCCGGUCUCCCUCUGACGGACCAGCGCCGACAGCCCCACGCCAGGAGGAACCAGCAGGACCAACUGCUCUGAGGACUUAAAACUGCCCCUUCUUUUUUUAAACUGUAUUUAUUUUUUGGGGCUUUUAUUGUUUAAAUUGUGCAAUGCUGGCGGAGCGGGUUGUGAGGUGAAUUGUUUGUUGCUCAGAGCGCUGAUCCGGCUUAAGAGUGUGAGGGUCAGAUAGACAAGGAGCGCACAGGAUGUCAAGUCUGCAAGCAACUGUAUUUGUGUGGGAACAGCAGGGAUUAAUCUACUGGCAUAUGUCCUACUGUACCUGACAGCUUGGGGGGGUUCAGUAAGUAUUCUCGUUGUUUUUCAGUGCUGGGACGGGUUGACAGAAGUACAGUACUGGAAUGAUUACACUGGGGUGUGCAUAAUGCACAAUGCUUUUUAAAGCCGUAUUAAUGACUAAGAUUGUCUGAACCCCCCUCCCCUGUGUUUGCCUGUUAUAAUCUCCAAAAAGGCUUACGGUGUGAUAUAGUGGUUAAUUAACUGUUAAAUACCAAUGUGAAAUACUUUUAAUUCUUUAGUUGCUAACAACAACAACAACAAAAAAUACACACACAGGUCCCUGCAGAAUUUAUAUCAAAACAUAUAACAAACCAAGACAUACAGUACAAUUAUACAAAAGAAGAAUUUUAAUCUAAAUACUGGGUGCUUUUCACAGUUGUAAGCAAUGCAAGAAAUGUACUGGUGUCUGAAGAGUUUGAGGUAUUUCAAAUUAUGACUUAUCUCAAGUUAUUUUAUUUUUAUUUUUUUACCAGAAGGCCACAUUCCUACAUUUGGCAGGGGCAUUGAUGUUCGCCUUGAGUGGGGUUUGGGGGGUUAGUUGAUUAAAUAACUAUAUCCAGCAGUAUAAAUGGAAAAUAUGUAAAAAUGUAAAAUAUGUCAUUCUCCCCAGAAAAGGCCUUCUAUUAAGAAAGUAUGUAAUGUCUAAAAAAGGAACAGAUAAAUAUAUGCGAAAAUAAAGACAUGGGUUUACAUUCCGAGGAUAAUUUCUGUGAAAUUGUUUUGUAGAGUUUUAAGAAUGUACUGUAUUUUAUUUUUUUGAUUAUGUUCCGGUUUUCUUUUGUAAAAAAAUAAAUUUUAAAGCUUAAGUCUCA